AUGGCGACCAUUUCAAUCAGCGCACCCGGCCUUAGUAACGGCCUCUUAUAUAACAACGGCGACAACAAUGCCCGUCUUUGCAUUACAGCCGAGACUGGCGAAUUCGAUAUCGAAACAAUCAAGAACUGGCAGGAAGAAGGGUUCGACGUCAUCUAUUUGCCGCUGAACGAUGGCGGGAAGGAUUACGAAGACCGACUGAGGAGCGUCAAAGAAGGACUCGGAGUGGGCGAGAACUAUGGCGUUAUUGCAUUCGGAGAAGCAGCCAGCUAUUGUCUGGAGUACUACAAGAAGGGUAUGAAUUGUAGCAGACUAUGCUGCCUAGUUGCGUACUACCCAACCGUCAUCCCCGAUACGCGCUACAAAUUCCCGCUCGGUGUCGAAGUUCUCGUUCAUCUUGCUGGAAAAAGUGUUGAUGUUCUUACCGUUCCGACUGCACUUGGGAUCCAGGGAAAGAAGCGUCUCAAGACACGACCAAUCACACCGGGUAUUGGAACAGGCGAGCGUCUGAAAUUGGCGUACCCAACCUAUACCUAUGAAUCUUCGCAACCGGGCUUCGCAGAGACUGACAUGGAGGAGUACAAUCACCUUGCUGCGGAUCUGGCCUGGACACGGACAAUCAAGGUCGUGCGCAAGGGAUUCUCACGAGAUGCGGAUUUGGAGAAUAGGUGGGAGGAUCAUCAGGAGAGCAAAUUCUUCGCGACAAACCUCAGUAACACAAUGGAUGCAUAUGUCAAGCACAAGACUCCAACUGUCACCUACACUUCAACACUUAGCGGUGGAAUAGGCACCCAGGCUCUCCGCCGCUUCUACGAUCAAUACUUCCUUGGCAAACUACCUCCCUCCAUGCGCAUCCGCCUACUCUCCCGCACAACAGGCUCUGACAGAAUCGUCGACGAACUCUACAUCUCAUUCCAGCAUACGCAAGAGAUUCCCUGGAUGCUUCCUGGCGUUCCGGCAACAGAUAAACGGAUUGAGAUCGUCCUCGUGAGUAUAGUCAGUAUGCGAGGUGGUAGACUCUUAUCGGAACAUGUAUACUGGGAUCAGGCAUCUGUGUUGGUUCAAGCGGGUCUUCUGGAUCCGAAACUUGUGCCGAGUGGGUCCCAGGUGGAUAGAUUACCUGUUGUCGGAAGGGAGGCGGCGCGAAGGAUUCUUCACGAGGAUCCGGAGCUGGAGCAGGAGGAUUAUCAUAAUCGAAUGAUUCGGCGGGCGAAUGCGAGGGCGAGGAGGGAUAGGAGCGAGAGGGCUUCUACUGUUGCUGAGGAAUCUGGGCUUGAAACUGAGAAUGAAGGUGGUAAGGGGAAGGGAAAAUCAAUCUUGGAUGCUGGUAAUCACCGGAAUGGGACAGAAAUUGAUGAUGAUGAGGCGACGGAGACGGAGACGGAGUUUACAUCGAAGCAUGAGAACGGGGAUCGGAAGGCUUAUGUGGAAGACGGUAAUGGUGUGGAGAGUUCCUAG